GCUCUCCUUUCUCAAAAAAGCCAUGACGGCGAUUCCGCGAUCCAUCUUCGCCUCCGCGCCAUCUUUGUAUUAUUUCUAAUUUAUUUUAUUUUUUUUCCUCUUGUGGAUGUCAAAGGCGUUGGAUGAAGAUAUUUUUUUGCCCCACUGGAGUCUCCCGGCUCUCCCCGAUGUGAUCCGCGCUGAACGCCGCCGCCGCCAGCCACCAUGUCUCGCCGCAAGCAAGGCAAACCCCAGCACUUAAGCAAGCGGGAUUUUUCGCCAGCUGAGCCUCUGUCCACGGCCAUCAUCUCGUCGGAGGAGCUGUCGGAGCGCUGCUCGGAAAACUCAGAGGAGAGUGGCAGCUUCAAUGGGCACCACCCGGGUUCGACCGUGGGCCGGCUGGCCCGGCUGGGUCACGACCCCUCUCACCCUUCUCUGGAGCAGGACCUGCUGACCUGCGGCCAGUGCCAGGCCACCUUCCCCCUGGCGGACAUCCUGCUCUUCAUCGAGCACAAGAGGAAGCGAUGCCACGGGCCGCCCUGCCUGACUGUUGGCCGGGGGCUGGACAAGCCCCCCUCGCCCUCCCCCGGCCUGGCCCUUACCCCGUCGCCCGCGCUGGGCUCUCUGCGCAGCAGGAGGCCUGUGGAGGUGGGCGUCCAGGCCACGCUGGCAGAUGACGACGAAGACCGGUUCUCGUCACCUCGGGGGAUUUUUCCCAAACAGGAGCCCCUCCCAGGGAAGGAGGAGCCGACCACCUACACCUGCACUACAUGUAAGCAGUCGUAUGGCAGCGCCUGGUUCCUGCUGCAGCAUGCUCAGAACAACCACGGCUUCCGCAUCUACCUGGAGAGUGAACACGGCAGCCCUCUCACCCCACGCAUGGGUGGGCCAUCCUCCCUGGGAGGUGGAGCAGACUGCCCCUCUCAGCCUCCCCUUCACGGCCUCCAUCUGCCUCCUGAUGCAAGCCCCUUCAACCUCCUCCGCAUCCCUGGCUCGGGCUCAGGUGGAAGAGACAGUGUCGGAGCAGGGGGUGGAGUCGGUGCUGGUGGCGCUGGUGGGGGCCAUCAUCAACGUUUCCCUCCCACGCCACCCCUCUUCAGCCCCCCUCCAAGGAACCACCUGGACCCCCACCAUCUGAGCCCAGAGGAGCUGGCGCUGGCAGCCCACCACCCGAGUGCCUUUGACAGGGUGCUGCGCCUCAAUCCUCCUCUACCCCUGGACCCCCCUCCAACAAUGGACUUCUCACGGCGGCUAAGGGAGCUGGCGGGCAACACCUCAGGGUCCACUCCUCCACUAUCCCCCAGCCGGCCUAGCCCCAUGCAGCGUUUGCUCCAGCCAUUCCAGACAGGAGGAGGAAAUGGAAAUGCAGGAGGUGCAGGGAGCAAACCUCCAUAUCUUGCAACCCCACCUCCUCUUCCGGGCUCAAUGCAGUCACCUGUGGGUUCUCAGACCACUCCCACAACCCCUCUCCCUUCAUCAGGGCCAACACCCUCCUCCACUACCCCUUUGAAAUCAAAGUGUUGUGAGUUUUGUGGUAAGGCCUUCAAGUUUCAGAGUAAUCUAAUAGUGCAUCGACGCAGCCACACAGGGGAGAAACCAUACAAAUGUCACCUGUGUGACCACGCUUGCACACAGGCUAGCAAACUGAAACGCCACAUGAAGACUCACAUGCACAAAUCCUCCUCGCCAAACACCGGCAAGUCAGAAGACGGGCUCUCAACGGCGUCUUCUCCGGAGCCUGGCACCAGUGAGCACUUAGGCAGUGCAAGCAAUGCCCUUAAGUCAGUAGUGGCCAAGCUGAAAAGUGAGAAUGACCGCAUGCUUCGUGAGAAUGGGGAAGAGGAGGAGGAGGAAGAGGAGGAAGAAGAAGAGGAAGAGGAGGAGGAGGAAGAAGAAGAGGAGGAGGAAGAGGAAGUAGAGGAGGAAGAAGAGCAGAAUGGAGAGAGGGCAGCCAGGAGAAACAACAACAGCUAUCACUUUGGUAUGAACCUUGAAGCAGCACGCCAGCAUGAAAACAACGGAGGCCUGGGAAGCCGACUUGGAGGAGUUGCUGAUGAGGGCUCCAUCCCUCGCUCUCUGCCUGAAGUGAUGCAGGGGAUGGGUCUCGCAGCGAGUAUGCAGCACUUCAGCGAAGCCCUGAAUGCACACAAACGGAACGCCAUGGCCCAGGAGAACCACCUACACCACCACCUCAACCGAGACCAUCACCACAAUCGCGACAUGUGUGAUGGGGAUUCAGUUUCGGAAACUGACCGUGGGGAGGAGGGCUCUGUCUCCACAGUUAACGGACGAGGAGCAUCACCUAAUGAAUCUGCCUCUGUUGGCCUCUCUAAGAAACUGCUUCUGGGUAGCCCCAGUCCACUCAGUCCAUUCUCCAAACGCAUUAAGCUGGAAAAAGAGUUUGACCUGCCCACUCCCACAAUCCCUAACACAGAGAACGUCUACUCCCAGUGGUUGGCUGGCUACGCUGCCUCUCGACAACUCAAGGACCCUUUUCUGAACUUUGGGGAUUCCAGACAAUCGCCCUUUGCCUCGUCAUCCGAGCAUUCUUCAGAGAAUGGAAGCCUGCGAUUCUCGACUCCUCCGGGGGAACUGGACGGUGGGAUGUCGGGCCGCAGUGGCACAGGCAGUGGGGGCAGCACACCACACCUUGGGGGUCCUGGACGACCCAGCUCCAAGGACGGCCGCAGGAGCGAUACUUGUGAGUUUUGCGGCAAGGUGUUCAAGAACUGCAGUAACCUGACAGUGCACCGGCGCAGCCACACAGGCGAAAGACCAUACAAGUGUGAGCUGUGCAACUAUGCUUGUGCCCAGAGCUCCAAACUUACUCGCCACAUGAAGACCCACGGUCAGGUGGGCAAAGACGUAUACAAGUGUGAAAUAUGUCAGAUGCCCUUCAGUGUCUACAGUACCUUGGAGAAACACAUGAAAAAAUGGCACAGUGACCGUCCUUUGAGUACCGAAAUAAAAUCAGAGUAGAAGGCCGAACAAUGGGACCUUUUUCCCCACAGCUAUGUCCGCCAUUAGUCCCCUGUUUAUUCCCGGCCCCUUGUAGAUUUGCCCCAACCCUAACACUCCUCUUUCGCCAGUCUGGUGGAAGCUUAAGACCAUGUGCUCUGCACCAGCACACCCCGUUUCCAUUACCCAUUGAAUGCAUGAUCUGUAUCGGGGCAAUACUCUUGCAUUGACGCAAAACUUCGAGCCUUUCUCUUGUGCAAUAAUUUACAUGUUGUGUACUAUUUUCUUUUAUGAGUUUUCCUUUUCCAUUUUUAAGAAUUAGUCAGCAUGCAUAGUAUGUUUUUGCUAAUCAAAAAAGAAAAGAACUUGUCCCUGGUUGGUUAGUUGUUGAGUAAAUGUGUUGCUGUUUUUCUCUUGUUCAGUUUUUUCUUUUUAUUCUUCAAAAAGAGAAAAGACAAGAAAGAUAACACCCAUGCUGCAUACAUUCUGUAACACAUAUCAUGUACAGUUUUGUUUUGUAACAUGGAAAGUGAACAGUCUUUGAUUUGACCCUCUUCUUACAACCCUGAAAUGCACUUAUCUUGAUCUUUCUAAAAGACGCCAUGUUCACACAGGGUUUUAAAAGAAAUCAUGCAUUGGCUUGAUAAAAAAUUAAUGACAGCCUUCAAAUUUCUUUCAAAAAGACAAGGGUGUGCUGAGAUUUCAAUUUGUACUAUCAUUUGGUAGAAUAAAAAAAGAGUGCCUUUGAUAUCUCAAGACUGCAUUGGCCAUAAUCUUAUCUGGUAUAAGCUUGGGGUCGCAUUAGAUAAAGCUAGAAGGUUAAAGCCACCCAGGAAAGGUCCUUGCAUCAAGCACCUAACUGCUCAAAUGGACUGUGACAACUCAUGAUGACAGGUCAGAGAGUUCUUGUUAAUCAUCAUUUAGCUACCUAUUACAUGUUCAAUAGGCUAUCUUUAAUGUGUGGAUUUCAUGGCAAGCAUGGUACAAGCAGUAUUGUGUAUAUCUGAAUUAUUUGUAGUUUUGUUUCUGGUAAGGAGGUACUGUUGAGAUAAAGGUAAUCUGUAAUGUACAAUCCUAAACUUGAGGGAUACAGCGCAUGGCUGAGAAGUGUCAUGUAUCUGCAUUAGCACAAACCUACAACGCUGCUUCAAUAUGUCAGUGUGUGGAACAAUGCAUAAAGUAAUAUAUGAGCUUCAGGUGAGGCUAUCUUUAUUUGAGAGCAUUGAAAUAACUACAAGCUAGACAGACAGAAAGCUACACAGAACUGGAAGCUAAGUAUUAAGGGGAUCAGAGGCAAUCUCUUUCAUUUCACAUUUAUCCAAACAGGGUCAUUAACUAUGAAUUGCAGAAAAAAAGAAAGAAUUGCAAAAAAUAACUGUAUUCCAGGGCUCUUGAAAAGAGUGAUAAUUUUAAUCAGUAUGCAUAGGCUAAUGCAGGGCACAUUUUUUUAAUUUGCUGUUGCUAUUUUAACCCUAAAGGUUUUUUUUAUGAGUUUCAUUCACAGUAAAGCACUUAUCACCCUGCCUGAGAGGAAGUACCGACAUCUCUCUUGCAUAUUCCCCACACUGAUGCAAUGUUGGUACAUGUGUUGAGUCUAAAAAGCUAUAUUGUCAUUUAUAGGACAUGAAGUGCACUGUUUCAAUUUUCCCAGUUUACAAGUUUUACGCUGAAAGGGGAAAAACGUUGUUGAAAUGCUGUCAGAGGACGAGGUCCCAUUGUUAAAAGCAGUCAAAGAUGAGACACAGAAUCUGUUGCCAGCAGCUCCAGCCUCAUGAACCUUAACCUUUGUACCCCUGCCGUUUCACCUUUGACCAUUUGUCAGUUUGUUACCCCUAAAUACCCCCGGUGCUCAGCUCCGGGAUGGAAAUUCAUCAUGUCUACAAGGGCUGUAAAUUAGAAGGUUUAGGUGAGUUACAUAAGAGGCCAGUACUCCUGUCGGCCACAGCAGCACCAAACAUCCACGUUUUUAGCAGCUGUUUUGUAACUUUGUCGUCAUCCACACCUGAAUAAUUUAUCGACCUUGCAGGCUAGACAACAGACCCCCCCUGAAUCUUGUUGCUCACCAAUCUGUUUUUGUAUAAAUCUUCCUUUUAAUUCAAGAAACAAAAAUAAACAUUUUGCAAAUAACACUCCACUAUCUCUAAGGGGAAACUGUAUUUAAGUUUUGUUGUCGUUUCUCUUUUCCUCAGCGUCUUGGUGGUGUUCAAGACUCCGAUCACAGUAUAUAUGAAAUGAUAAAAAAAGACAAAAAACAAACAAAAAAAAAUCUGUGAUGGUUUUGUAUUUUAUUUUGCCUUGGCUCUUCACAACUCUUCAGGUUGAAAUACAAUUUGCAUUGGGGAAAGGAUUAAGAUUAUAUAUGAAUAUAUAAUAAAGAACUUAAAAUAUAGGAAAAUGCACACUCAUGUCGAUUCCUAUGCUUAAACACAUUUAUGGUCUACUUUUUCUGUAUUUCUAGAAUUGUAUUUGAAUUCAAUGUUCACUUAGAGUAGGCACUAUAGUAUUUAUAUUGAGGCUCGUAUUUUUAACUGUUGCUUGUUCUCUCUAAAGGUAUUUACCAUACCUUUUUUUGGUAGUGGAAAAAAAAUCCCAAGCUGCCACGGUAUAUUUUUUUAAUUUGGCAGGAUAAUAUAGUGCGAAUUAUUUGUAUGUUUAAAGAAAUAAAAGGAAAAACCCCAUAAAAAGCAGCUAAAGUAUGUGGCAUUGGGAGGCGUCGCGGUCCAUCAGAUGGCCACCGCUCUGUUUCCUGUCCACAGAGGUGGUUUGUACAUAUCUUCUUUGGGUUUUUUUUUGGUUCGGACCUCCUUCCCUCCCCCCCUGCUGCCAUUCUUGUAUGCAGUAAUGCAAGCUGACGUCGGCCUGUUCUGUUGUGUGCUUCUGUCUCUCUCACCCCUCCCACCUGACUACAUUCCAACAUCAGGAAGAGAGGAAAGAAUAAAAAAAAAAAACUUCAUAUGCAGUACAUGGAUUACGGAAAAAGCGUCAAAAUAAAUAAGUUUAAAAAGAAAUUAAAUGUUUUGCAGUUUUUUUUCAUUGCCAAAUACUAAAUGGUGCUUUAUAUUUAGAUUGGGUAUACUUUCAUAUGCAAAGCAUAUUUAAAAAUGACCCGGGGGACGUGGAGAAGCCUGCUUGAGUUGAGACUUUUUUGUAAAUGGCAAUGCGGAAUAUUUUGUUAUCAGCCUUUUCUAUUCCUAUUCUGAGAGCUGUUUGUUGUAACUUGAACUUGAACUUUAUCUUUUACUAUGGGAGUUACUAUUUAUUAUUACCAAUAUGCUCUGUUCAAAACAGAGACAUGGAAUGGAUUUUAUUUCUUUUUAUUUUAUUUUUUAUUUUUGGUUAUAAUAUAAUUUUAAGUUUUGUUUUCUUUUGUAAUGGUGGCCGAUGGUCAUUGGACAAACCUAGCUCUUUAAUUUCUGUUGUACUUGUUUGGGGUCUCUGUUCAGUUGUAUUGGGAAAACCACUGUCUGUGUUUUCUGGCAGAUGUCUGCAUAA